GUCGCACUGGCACGUGGCCAGGUAGAGCAUGGAAGUGCGAGCGAAACCUCUCGAGGGAAUACCCUGCAUGGAAGUCUCACCGAGAUGGUUAACCUUAACGGAGUGCCUAAAGUGUUGUUUAGGAGAGUGGCGCUGUGUAAGCCUUACGCUACUUAUUCUGGUGUGCCUUGUGGGAGCGUUAGCGUGCAGACUGGGUCCCAAUCGGAUGCUUGAUGAAUCCCGUGCCAAUGCUUCGGAGCUAACUACACUAAGUACUGCAUUGUACAUGGUGCCACCUGACGGCAUGCAUUGUCCGGACACCUACGUCAUGAUAAACACAGCUCUUAUGGUGUUAUUUUAUGCAGUUUAUCUUAUCGAAUGCUGGAAUUCACCAUACUGUAUACGUGCACAUCACGUUGUGGACCCGGCAAUCGCAUACAAUUGGUUCGGAUUUUUGCGAAGAACUCAACCACUGAUUCAAUGGAAUAUAACUUGUUUCCACUACGGAGGCAUGGACAAGCAUGGAACCGCACUGGAGCCAACGGUGGUAUCCAACCCAAUUUCCCGAAACACAAAGACCCGGUCUGGCCCCAAAUGGCCUUGGCCUGUUGUAAAACGUGAACACAGUGGGAAACAAGCGCCCAACAUAAAAACCAUCACUGCCAUUGCGAAAGAAGUGGUCGAUUUCCAAACACUGGGUGGUGUUCGGGAUGAGUCGGAUUACGCCCAUCAGAUCGAAUGCUUUUCCUUGGUGGAAGUGAGUAUCCAAGUAGAAUUUUGGUUCGCGAACGACAGAAUCCGCAAGAAAUUCUUCAAAUUGAGACAUGAUCUCAUCAGAACCUUUGAUGGUGUUGACAGCUACCUGACGAUUGACCAAGAUGUUGGUCUUAAGACGAACGAGCCAAUGCAACACCACUUUUGGGUUACUGGUUGUUCAGCGCAACUCCCGAUUUACCUCAGGCAAACCACAUUUGCCUUCGCCGCUCUGCUCCUACUCUCGUUUCCGUUACGCGCUUAUAUAUGUUUCCGAACGGCUCGGCUGAAUUACACCGUGAGGAAAGUGUUCGGACCCCAAUCGACUGACUCCGUACCGACGCAUUCAAGUCGACUUCGUUAUGCGUUGAUUCGGCCGGUGACAAGCAACGCUCGUUUGUUUCCCUAUGACACUGCGUUCCCGAUUGCUAACGAAGGCAUCACACUCUGUAAUUCCCAAUUGUCCCUGGGGAGUUUGGAGCUCGAGAAUCAGAGCAAGCCUCUCCAAUCAACUCAGAAUGAAAACGCUGAGUUGUUGCCUAUAGACAUGCUUAACGACCAACGCAGCAACCAAUUAUGGGGGGCUGAUUCGAUUGAAAACCAAUCAUUUCGAUAAUGGUCUGAACUAACCAACUAUUUC